GGACCCAGGAGAGCAUGAGCACCUCCAGGCUUUAUACCCUCGUGCUGGUACUACAGCCUCAGCGAGUUCUCCUGGGCAUGAAGAAGAGGGGCUUUGGUGCUGGCCGCUGGAAUGGCUUCGGGGGCAAGGUGCAGGAAGGAGAGACCAUUGAGGAUGGGGCUAAGAGGGAGCUUCUGGAAGAAAGUGGUCUGAGAGUGGAUACACUGCACAAGGUAGGCCAUAUCUCAUUUGAGUUUGUGGGCUCCCCCGAGCUGAUGGACGUGCAUAUCUUCUCUACCGACCACGUGCAUGGGACGCCCACAGAGAGUGAAGAAAUGCGCCCUCAGUGGUUCCAACUGGACCAGAUCCCCUUUGCCGACAUGUGGCCGGACGACAGCUACUGGUUCCCACUCCUGCUUCAGAAGAAGAAGUUCUGUGGACACUUCAAGUUCCAUGGUCAGGACACCAUCCUCAGUUACUCCCUGCGGGAGGUGGAUGAGUUCUAAUACAGAGAGAGGUCUGACUGGUUCUAGCCAUUCCGGUUGCAACACAGCCACUGCAAGCUGUCACUCCAAGGACACAGGCAGGGGCUGGUAUUUUCUGUUUGCAAGGUGUCCCGAGGUUGAAAUGUAAAAUGUCACCAAUACACCAAUAUGUUUCAAUUCUUCAUCCCCGCCUACUGGUCCUGUUUUAGAAGGUUGUGGCACCUUUAGGAGCCAGAGCCCUGAUGACAGAACUGAGUCACUGGGGGUUGGAGAGAUGGAGGAUGGACCGUAAGGCUUUAUAGGUGAGCUCACACUCCUGCUACUGUGUCUGUCAUGCCUUCCACGAUGGACUGUAUCCCCUUGAUGGAUGAGCCAAAAUGAACCACGGCUCCCCUAAA